CCACUUACAAUACAAUUUAACAUCAAUUACAUAAUUAUUAAGCGAUUUUUGUCAUUUUAAACAUAAACCUUAGAAGAAUGUCAAAACCUCCAAGUUGCUGCCCACCAAUUUGUCCUAGACCAUGCCCACCAGUUAUUCAUCCACCUUGUCUACCAAGAUGCCCCCCAGCAUGCCCCAGACCUUGUCCUCCGGUAAUACCACCGCCUUGUCUACCUAGGCGCCCACCAUGUUGCAAUCCAUGUCCAUGCCCACCAUGUUGCAAUCCAUGUUCAUGCCCACCAUCUUGUCCGCCUAGUUGUCCACCUAAGUGACAAACAAGCAAU